GCUACAACCCCUUCGUGCUGAUCGGCCCCGUCGUCAUCUUCUGCGGCGUCGUCGUCCUCAUGCUGAGCAUCGAGGUCUGCGUCAGGAGGAAGGAGUUCAAAGAGAAGAACCCCGAGGUCAUGGAGGACGAUGACGACGACGACGAUGAGAGACAGGUGGAUCCUGGCAUCAUCAACUACGGCUUCGGUAACUUUGCCGCCGAGGAGACCCCGGCCAAGGCGGUGACGUGGGCCCCCGUGGGCUCCUCCAGCCCCGCCAAGUCCCUGGAACCCGGAGGAUCGGGCGCCACCAAACUGGACACGCAGAAGCGACUGGAGACGACCACGGCCUACUCGCCGGGGUCGUCGGGCGGGGGACCCAGAGUGCAGGUGGUGGCCGCCUCCAUGCCGCCGUCCCCGAGCCUGGGCGACCCUCCGCUCGAGAACACACAAUCGCAGGAACAGCUCGAGCUCCUCCUCUCCCCCAAGACGCUGGAGUGAAGCGCCCGAGCCUCGGACUCCCCGCGUCGAUGCGAAGGAAGAAAGCGGAGAAGACAAGAGCAGCGAUGAAAACACACGCCCUGCUGCUCAGGGUCGGCGUGGGAGUGAACGUGGGCGUGGGAGCGAGUGUGGGCGCGGGGAAAGGGACCUGUGGGGGGAGGGAGGGGGGGAGGGUGGCUCAAGGUGGUGGACCUCAUGUGCCUUCGUCAGUGCUGCCGCCACGGGUGGUUGGCCCUCUGGUCAAGGCAGUCGCUUCUCCUGAAGAACUUCCUUUGGCCUCCGUGAUUUUCAGUCUACUCUCGCCAUCGAAUAAAAACCAAAAAGAAAGAAAAGGAAAGGAAAGGAAAGAGAAAAAAAGAGAAGAGAGUAAUAUAGAAAGACCGCGAUGUGUUGCUCAAUGGCGCAGAAUUUAAUGGUCUAAAGUGUUUUACCAAAGGACUGUGAGCAGGAUUAGUGUCAACUUCUGAGGAAAAAACAAAACACACAAACAAACUAAUCCAAAAUGAAACAGGCAAAA